AUGAGUUUAGAAGCUAUCAAGUUUGAUCGUGCAGAUAAGAAUGUGGUUUCUGUGAAGGUUCUCGACCAGCUGUUAUUGCCAUAUAUCACGAAGUAUGUAGCAAUUUAUACAAUUGAUGACGGUUUUGCAGUAAUUAAGUCAAUGCAGGUCAGAGGGGCACCUGCUAUUGCAAUUGUUGGUGUAUUGUCUGUUUUAAUGGAAUGUCAGCUAUUAAAAAAUGAAGCUUUUGUCAGGUCUCAAUGUUUCUAUGAUAUGUCUUCAUUUUCGGGAUUUACAAAGACUUUGAUGUGUAGGUUGGAAUUUUUGUUAAGUUCUCGUCCAACCGCAGUAAAUUUAUCCAAUUCUAUUAUGGAUAUGAGAAGAAUUGUUGAUGAUCCUAAUUGCGGGUCGUUUGUCGAGUUUUUUGACAGGUUGUACGACUAUGCUUGUAAGUUAAUCGAUGACGAUUUGCGUAAUAACAAAAUAAUGGGUGACCAUGGUGCCAGAUACCUGUUAGAAUCGCUUGCACAGGAAGAAGGAUUCGAACAAGAUUUUGCAGUAUUAACCAUCUGUAACACUGGCUCUUUGGCCACCUCUGGCUAUGGUACUGCAUUGGGGGUUAUUCGUUCGUUAUGGCAAGAUUCUCAAUACAAGGUUUCGAGCGGCGGUAAAGAAGCAAAGAAACAAAAGACAUCCGCCAAUAGCGGUGCUAAACUGGUUCAUGUGUACCCUUUAGAAACUCGCCCAUACAACCAAGGGUCCCGUUUGACUGCCUACGAAUUGAAGCACGAUGGCAUCCCGUCCACUCUUAUUACCGAUUCAUCCAUCGCUUACCGCAUCUCAACUUGUGAGGUUCCCAUCAAAGCUGCAUUUGUAGGAGCGGACCGUAUCGUGCGCAAUGGCGACACUGCGAAUAAAAUUGGCACCUUCCAGCUCGCUCUUGUCUGCAAACACUUUGGUAUAAAGUUUUUCGUUGUUGCUCCAAAAUCAACAGUUGACAAUGUCACCGAAACUGGUGCAGAUAUAUUCAUAGAGGAAAGAAACCCAGAUGAGUUUAGGAUCGUUACAGGCACUGCACUCGAUCCAACCUCUGCUGCGCCAACUCCAGUCUUGAAUUCCUCUGGAGAACCCACUAUAGGGAAAGUCGGCAUCACGCCGCCAGAUAUGGAUGUUUGGAACCCCUCCUUCGACGUCACCCCGCACAAAUACAUAGAUGGCAUCAUUACAGAACAGGGUGUGUUCACCAAGGAUAAAAACGGCAAUUUCGAUCUCACAGAGCUAUUCUGA